AUGAGCUUCCAGCCUGCUGCAGAUGUAGAUGAAGGAGCAGCAGCAGCAGCAGCAGCAGCCGAGCCAGAUGAUGAUACAGCAGACCAGUUCUCUGUACUACCUAGCAGCAGCAGCAGCAGCAGCAGCAGGAACAGCUGCAGCAGCAACCCAGCCCGUUGGCGGUCACCCAAUCAUAUGGUGUUAAGCGCAGAGUCUUUGUUUCCUUGCACACAAAGAACAGCAGCAGCAGCAGCAGGAGAGGAAGAAGAAGCAGCAACAGCAGAAGGAAAUACAGCAGAGGCUGCAGCACUAGACCUGGCAGAGCCAGAUGCAGCAGAAGCAGCAGCAGCAACAGCAGCAGCAGCAGACAAUAUAGCUGUAGACAGUGGCGUGUCUCCUGCAGCUGUUGCAGUACCUUUAGAAGAGGAACAUGAUACAGCAGCACCAGCAGCACCAGCAGCAGCAGCAGCAACCGACAGCAGCAGCAAGGGUUGGUUUUCUUCUUUCUUAGAGAAUCUAGCAUAUGCAGCAGCAGCACAAUCUGCUGCUGUGUCUGGUGUAUCUAUUUAUCCUUCUUUGCUUCCUCCUGCAAGUAUAUCUGCUGCCUCUUCUGAAUUAGCAGCAGCAGCAGCAGCAGCAGAACCCGAAACAGCAGCAGCAGCAGCAGCAGCAGCAGGAGAUGGAUGGAGCUGGAGGGAGGCCGUCUCCUCCUUCUUUGCUAAGGUUGACGAAAGAUUAGAGGAGGGGGGCCCCGCCCUCUAUUCAGAGAUCUAUGAUUUUACCCUAUGA